AUGAAGAUCAUGAUUACAUGUACAUGUACUCGUCUCCUUACUAGUUUGUUCUGCAUCGCAACUGUUGUUAAUGCCAGUGGCCUCCCAACCAUUCCAGAUCCUGACAACAUUUACACGUAUCCAGCAGAAGAUACCAUCGAGCAUGAAGCCACCUGGUUGCAAUGGCCACACAAUUAUGGUUGGGAUCCGAUUCAUCAAGAGAGAUAUGAGGAUAUCUGGCUGGAAAUGGCCCUUGCCCUACACACUGGAGAAAAGGUCCACAUUGUUGCUUACGACGAAAAUCACAGGGCGGGCAUUGAGACUCUGCUGGUAGCAGAGGGUGCAGACAUGACUCAAAUCAGAUUCUUUGUCUAUAAGACCGAUGAUGUUUGGGUCCGAGAUAAUGGGCCAGUGUAUGUAUUUGAUCAAUAUGGAAAUCGAAUCAUUGAGGACUGGAUAUUCAACGGAUGGGGUGACAAACAAGAUUAUUUCAAUGACGAUGUCAUUCCCGAAUGUGUUGCCGAUGAAAAAGCUCAUCCUUACCAAGCCGUUCCAAUGGUAAACGAAGCAGGAAGUAUUGAAGUGGACGGACGUGGUACCCUCAUGGCCAAGCGAUCCUCGAUUAUCAAUGAAAACCGCAAUCCUGGCAUGUCGCAGGCAGAUGCAGAGGCCUAUUUCAAGAGGUAUUUGGGAGUGACCAACUUUAUUUGGGUGGAUGGUACGAAAGGUCUGGAUAUCACCGACGAUCAUAUUGAUGGAGAUGCCCGAUUUGCCAAUGACGACACCAUUGUCCUUCACGGACGAGAUGCCUUUUUCGAACCAUCGGAAUACGAUAUCAUUACCAAUGCUACAGAUGCCAAUGGAGCACCAUACAAGAUUGUCGAGCUCCCCAAGACUUCUGUGGAACUGGAAGCCCUCAACUUUACCAGAGGCGUCUACAUGAACUACUAUGUAGGCAAUGAUGUCGUGGUAUUUCCCAUUUUUGAAGACCCCAAUGACGAUAUCGCAGCUGCCAUUUUGCAAGACUUGUAUCCCAAUCGUGAAAUCAAAAAGAUUGUCUUUACCGAAUUGUACAAGGAUGGAGGGAUUGCCCAUUGUGUGACCAUGCAACAACCCGUGGCCAAUAAUAAUGACAGUAUUCCAUCCGACAAGACUUUGGCACCCUAUUCUUCCAAAGAUGAUGCCAGUAGUAGUGGUGGAACGACUGGCGCCACUUUCAUCAACAUCUUGGCUACGCUGGCACUACUGCACUUGUGGUGGUGGCAUUGA